AUGAGUUGCCCUUCGGAAAAGCUUGUGACGGCUGUGAAGACUGGGAAACCGACGUCAUUGGCCGCCUGUCACUCCAAGAAUAAAAUCUUCUUCGUUCAUAUGCUAAGCAUCUUACAUCCUUUCCGGACCGAUAUCUCUGGCAAACGCAACCGGUCAGACGCCCAUUGUGCGUUCUUCACGUUUCUCCAAAAAGCCAAUCUGCUCAAAACGCACGGUCAAAUACACUUGGCGGAAAAAGAUGGCCACAUGAAGACUCUCAGGGGGAUAACGAACCCUCUUGAGUGGGACAUGGACACUAGCGAACAACCACUCCUCCUGGCUCACGCCUGCUGCUGGGGGUUGGCGCAGAAGUUAAAACCAACUUUCACCCGUUCUAAUUUCUACAGGCUCAUGAGACAGCUGCAUCCAAUAAUUCCAAGGAAACUCCAGGUCGAUACUGAGCAGUGGCGCCUGGCUUCACUUUCUCACCAGGCCGCACUGUACCAUUCCAUUGCAUCGUCUGACCAGACUGGGAUCUCUAAUGGGAUCUCUGAUGGCACUGAAGGCUCGAUAGGUCUCGACGGACUUCUCAAGGGGUUUGCUAGGUUGCCUCGAGAGUUCCAACAGGUAAUCUGGCGGGAAUUCCCCACCAAAUAUCUGACAUUUUACCUGCUAGCAACUGCUGAGAGUGUAGAUGUGGCAUCUGACUCGAAGUCCAACUUGAAAGUGACGGCACCUAUCUUCUCCCACCAGCCUCUGAUACCGGAGGGAUUUUCGGGGAAAGGAUGGCUUCACACGACGUUCAUUUCAAUAUUAGGACGCCGAUAUGUGCAACGGGUCCAUGUUUCCAAGGCCAAACCAUCUAGCGAACCCAAUGCUCUCGAAGUCUAUAUCCUUAAAAUCUCUCACCUGCACUUCACGGUCUUGGAGAUUGGUAUUUCUGCCAUCCAGAUCGUCUACAAAGACGGUACAGUGUCCAAUUGGCUGGGGGACCCCGAAGGAGGGUGGCGUGGUUCAACUCUUGGGUUACACCUCACUGACCUUCGAGUCUGGCAAGACGAUCUCAAAGUACUCAGUCUCAUCCCUCGUAUCAGAGAAAGCGAAGACUCCACUAGGCAUGACCAGCUGUCGAGAACCUUUGCCUCGAGAACGCUCUGGUAUAACUACCCCCAUCAAUCCGCCGGGGAUGAGCUGCGUCUUGCUCGUUUGUCUCCGAUCCGCAUCCCACUCAUGCAUCAUCCGGGAUGGUCUUUGAAUCAGUAUCUGCCGUUCUUUGAGGAUGGGUCCCAUGCUACGGGCAUGACUGUAUACCUCGGUGGCGAUGGCACCAACGGCAUUGUCAUACAUGGACAGAAGCUCGAUCACGGGGUUGGACUACGUGAAGGACUUUCAAUGUACAUGCCUUUCAACCAUGGCGAGAGAAUCGUACGGCUAUCUCUUCUGAGUAGUAGAUACAAACAUCAAAAUGGCCCUUUCCUUCUGGUUGAGACAGAGGUCAAGCCCGAGAAUCACACAACUACGCAAGAUGCCACUCAUCGAUGCGUCUUUUUUGGUCCUGCACACUUACUCUACGCCUUUCGGGAGAUGAGCUGGACAUCUCUGCUUCUAGGUUCAGCUAAGGGAGAUAUGAGUGUUCUCAAGGGAUUGAUCGUAGAUCCGUUGGCGUUGGGUGAAGGCGCGAAUCUCACCACGCUGGGGGUCCAUGUCACCCGCACAGAGAUGGAACAAAGAUAUGAGGCUCGAGAUCAAGCCUCAAACAGCAUCCAUAAGAUCAUGUUACCAGAUCGCAGGCCUCGAGAAGAAUAUUUUGCCCACCUAACUGUUGCCGGGCUCAUCAAUGUAAAGGAGCUCGCUAUUCAGAAGACAUACCGGACGGAGAACGCAAGGCCUCGGUGUACAGGGCUACUCAUAUGCUAUUUGGAUGACUCGAAAGCGGUUCUGGGACAAUGGGACGUAUCAGCGAGCUCGACAAUUAUAUACGAUGCUGCGAAUGGGACACCUCUCACUUCUUUACUCUUUCAGAAGGGCCCUAGCGGUACUGGGCAUGGUAGAGGCUACAUGGUCGAUAUUGUUGCCAACACCUCAGAGGAGGCUUAUCAUGCUCAAAGUCUCCAGGAAGAAGUUGACUUUGACCUCGCUCCCGAAUUGGCUGGUUCAACAUUCGAAUGGCAGGCAUCAAGAAGUGAGAGCGUCUGCUGGAUGUUCGGCCAAAGGUCGGAUUUCGUGCGGUAUUGCCAGUUGAAGAAGCUUGAGAUUGAGCCCGGAGAAAUCAUCCCAUAUACAGUUCACCAUAUGCCUUCGGUGGAUUUGGAAACUGAAUAUCUCAAGAUCAAAAUGGCCGACACCGUGAUUCUGAUAGGCCCAGAAGGAUCUGGAAAGUCUACAAUCGGCAAGAUCAUCGCCGACGCCCUCUCAAAGGAACUGUACAGCCUCGACCGCCACCGCGACGAGCUCUACGGACCAUACGACUACGACAAAGCCCUCGCAGAAAAGAUCUACACAGACCAAGGUCUAUGGGCAUUCUACCAGCACUGGAAAACAUUUGAAUACAAGGCCGUCGCACACAUCUUGCAGAAUGCAAAACAGGAGGGCGAUGAGUUUUAUGGCAAGAUUCUCGAUUUCGGCGCCGGACACUCGGUUUUCGAGAACCCGGAGGAGCUGGCACACAUAGAGAGUCUGAUGAAGCCUUAUGCCAAUGUGUUUCUGGUCGUGCCGUGUGAGGAUGUGGAUGAAGUGGUGAGGAUUACGGAGGAGAGGAGGGGGCAUGAGCUUGGUCUUAACAGGCACUUUGUGGAACAUCCUAGCAACAAGAGGCUUGCGAAGCACAUUAUUUAUACGAAGGACCUAAAGGCUGAGGAGUGCGCCGAGAAGAUACUUUGGAUCAUGGAAUCGAGAGAGGAGGCGUAA